CAGUUAACAAUGGCCCUCCUGGGUCUGGACUUGGGGCCCAACACUUACUAUAACCUGGGACCAGAAUUGGAAUUGGCUCUGUGCUUGGUUCAGGAGCCUCAUGUGUGGGGCUGGUCCAUCCCUAAACCAGGUAAAAUGUUUGUAUUGCAGUCAGUACCAUGGCCUCAGGGUGUCCUUUACUUCAACCUGCUGGAUGUGACUAAGGUUUGGAAUAAUAACCCCCAGAAGAACUUAGGUUUAUUCCUAGAGAUACUGGUCAAAGGAGGCAGAGACCCUGCGGUGAAUUUGCAGCUUGAGGACACCUGUGCCAGACUGAGCCGUCUUCAUGCUUCCCUGCUGGUGGUAACCCUUAACCCUGAGCAGUGCCACUCUUCUUCCCGAAGAAAGAGGGCAGCCGUCCCUGUCCCUAAUGCUUCUUGCAAGAACCUCUGUCAUCGUCACCAGCUAUUCAUCAACUUCCGGGACCUGGGUUGGCACAAGUGGAUCAUUGCUCCCAAAGGGUUCAUGGCAAAUUACUGCCACGGAGAUUGUCCUUUCUCAAUGACCACCUCCCUCAACAGCUCCAAUUACGCUUUCAUGCAAGCACUGAUGCAUGCGGUUGACCCAGCGGUUCCCCAGGCUGUCUGCAUUCCCACCAAGCUGUCCCCCAUUUCCAUGCUCUAUCAAGACAAUGAUGACAACGUCAUUCUACGACAUUAUGAAGACAUGGUAGUUGAUGAAUGUGGGUGUGGGUAAGCUGUCAGAAAAAGGAAUCGAAGGAGUGUUCUUAGGGUAAAGCUUUUAAUAAAACUACCUAUCUGGUUUAUGACCUGUUGGAUCUGAAAUAUCAAUA